AGGGAAAUGUGAAGAAAAUAUAAGCUAAAUUUUUUCUUCACUUCAUUCACCUCUUCUUGUCCCUUUCCAAAUCCCUAUGCAAAUCCAUUAUCAAAACACUGCCCGAGUCGACUCUUUCUGAAACAAGUGAAGGGCCUUAGCUCCACUGAUGUUUGAUUAGUAUUCAUUGUUUUGACUGAAUUAAUGGGAGAGAAGCUUAUAGGUGCUUGUUGGAUUGUUCAUUAAUUAUUGAUGGAUACGCAUGAUGUUACAAGGCUGAAGCAUCUUGCUGUAGAGUACGAGAGCAAUGCAAUAAUUGUGAAGGUUGACACGGAUGAUGAAUAUGAAUUUGCACGUGAUAUGCAGGUCCGGGGGUUGCCAACGUUGUAUUUCAUCAGUCCAGAUCCAAAUAAAGAUGCAAUCCGAACCGAAGGACUCAUCCCAAUACAGAUGAUGCGGGAUGUAAUUGAUAAUCAGAUGUGACAAGUUCACCACUUUGCUGGAUGGAUUUGAUUAAUGGCCAUGUUGAAGCAAUUGAGGUUUGUUGUAGGAGGAGGAUAUGCAAUUUAGGAACACACUUUUUUGCUGAACUGUUCUAUUCUGUUAAGUAGUAGUCAAAUUUUGUAUUUCCAUAUAAUUAUGUGAAUAGUUGGGAUGUUUUAUGCAAGGUGAAGGAGUUGAGGAUGCACUGCUUAGAAGCUAUUCUAGUUGUUUCUGGCUUUUAAGUUAUUUGUAAAUUUCAGAGAUGAAGAAGUGAUUCAAGAUUAAACCAUGUGAAAAAAAUGAGUUUGCUCA